UGGCAGUCAGUGUCUGAAGCAGAGGCGGAGAGGGAAUGUCAAAUUGCACCUCGGAUUUCGAAUUGUUUUUUAGUGGCGAAAAAGUCGUGUAUAAUGUGGAAUAAUUGCAAAUGAAGUGAAAAUGUUUACGGGCACGAUAAAGAUAAAAGUUUGUGAGGCAUGUGGUCUGCGGCCAACGGAUUUCCAGACGCGACAUAUGAUGACUUUUGGGAAUAAAGAAGUGGAAAAGAUCGACACUUAUGUCUCCAUAGAUAUUGAUGAAAAUCACCUAGACCACUCCACUACCAAGCCCAAAACAUUCGAUCCCGUCUGGAAUGAGUAUUUUGUCCACGAAGUGCACAAUGCCAAGAAUCUCAGCUUGACAGUAUUUCACGAUGCAGCUAUUCCGCCGGAUGACUUUGUGGCCAACUGCAACAUCCCAUUCGAAGAUCUGACCCACAGGGAGAAGGAACAGCAGGAUUUCUGGGUCGAUCUUGAGCCACAGGGUAAGAUACACGUGCUGAUUGAACUGAAAUGGCACGAUCAAAACAAUUCACAGAGUGGAGCAGCGCCAGUGGCCGCUGUGUCCGGGGGUCGGGAGUUCAAGGAGCGCGCUGGCUUCAAUCGACGACGUGGGGCAAUGCGAAGGCGUGUCCACCAAGUCAAUGGACACAAAUUCAUGGCAACAUUCUUGAGACAGCCAACAUUUUGUUCACAUUGCCGAGAAUUUAUUUGGGGACUCGGUAAACAAGGCUAUCAAUGUCAAGUUUGUACUUGUGUGGUUCACAAAAGAUGUCAUCGAUCUGUUGUCACAAAAUGUCCAGGAAUGAAGGAAGAGCAACAUAAGCAAGAACUGCCUCAAGCCACUGGGCAACGGUUCAAUGUGAACAUCCCACAUCGUUUUGUGGUGCAUAACUACAAGAGAUUUACAUUCUGCGAUCACUGUGGUUCACUGCUGUAUGGGCUGAUCAAGCAGGGGCUGCAGUGUGAGGUGUGCAGUAUGAAUGUACACAAGAGAUGCCAGAAGAAUGUGGCCAACAAUUGUGGUAUCAACACAAAACAGAUGGCAGAGAUACUCAAUGAGAUGGGUAUAUCGCCAGACAAGCAGGCGCCACCGCGGCGAUCAAAGUAUCUCAAUCAGGCACCAGGUGAAAGUUCAACGGCCAUCAGUGAAAGGUCAUAUGACAGUGGUGUUCACUCAGAAUCAUUCUCAGAUAAAUCCAGUAUCGAUGAUACAAAGUCCAGGGAGUCCCUACAAAGUUCUGAUCACAGUCACGAUGUUGGCCGUUCGGGCAAGAUGGGCCUCAAUGAUUUCAAUUUUAUCAAGGUGCUGGGCAAGGGAUCCUUCGGCAAGGUGAUGCUGGCCGAAAAGAAGGGCACUGAUGAGGUGUAUGCGGUUAAAGUGUUGAAGAAGGAUGCUAUCAUUCAAGAUGAUGAUGUCGAUUGCACAAUGACGGAAAAGCGAAUUCUCGCGUUAGCGGCUAAGCAUCCCUUCCUCACGGCCCUCCAUUCCUGUUUUCAGACACCAGAUCGACUCUUUUUCGUCAUGGAGUAUGUCAAUGGGGGUGAUUUGAUGUUCCAAAUUCAGCGAGCUAGAAAAUUCGAUGAAGGUCGUGCGGCUUUUUAUGCUGCCGAAGUGACACUUGCCCUGCAAUUUCUCCAUCGUCAUGGGGUUAUCUAUCGUGAUCUGAAGCUGGACAAUAUUCUGCUCGAUCAGGAGGGUCACUGCAAACUGGCGGAUUUUGGGAUGUGUAAAGAGGGUAUUUUGGAUGGAGUGCUAACGUCCACUUUUUGUGGUACACCAGACUACAUUGCCCCGGAGAUUCUGCAGGAACUGGAGUAUGGACCAUCGGUGGAUUGGUGGGCACUUGGUGUUUUAAUGUAUGAAAUGAUGGCUGGACAGCCGCCAUUCGAAGCUGAUAACGAAGACGAUCUUUUCGAAUCAAUUCUCCACGAUGAUGUUUUGUAUCCUGUCUGGUUGUCACGUGAGGCGGUGUCGAUUUUAAAGGGUUUUAUGACGAAGAACCCAGCGAGACGUUUGGGAUGCACAGGAAAUGAGAAUCAAAUAAAAAGUCAUGCAUUUUUCAAAGAUCUUGAUUGGGAUGCGCUGGAAGUGAGAAAAGUGAGACCCCCCUUCAGGCCUAAAAUUAGAAGUCCAAGAGACGCAUUAAAUUUCGAUGCCGAAUUUACCAAAGAAGAACCUGUAUUAACACCUGUUCCAGUAGAUACAAUUCGUUGCAUAAAUCAAGAUGAAUUUGCUGGUUUCUCAUUCGUCAAUGCGGAUUUUGGUCCAGAACGAAGAGUUUGCUAAAUCAAAUUGAGUUUUUGUUUUGUUUUACUUUUUUUUAAACGUAUUUUCUUUUUUUGAAAAAGAAAAUUUUUGAAUAUUUUAUUGAAAAAGAAAAAAAAUGUGUUGACGUACGAAGUUAUGGCAAGAAGUCGUCCUCUUACCAAAAUCUAUAUAACUAAUUUAUAUGUGCAGCAUGUUAGGUAAAAAAAAAUUAUUGUGAGAAAUCGGAAAAAAUGAUUUUAUCCUUAUUGAUUGUGGAAAAAUGGGGGGAUUUAGUGAAAUUGUGUUAGGGGAAAAAUUUGUCAAAUUUUAUUUUGUCGUGGAAAGAGGAUGUCUUUUUUUUUUAUUUUGUCUUUAUUAAAAAAAGUGAAUGAGAUUUUUUUUUGAAAAUUUUAAAAGAAGAACAAAAUAUAAGCAAUUAGAUUAGAGACACAAGAAACAGUCGAUGAAAAGUAAAACAAAAUAUUAAUAGCGCAAAUAAUAUGAGGAAUGGAAAAACAGUAUAGAAAAAAUAUAUUAAAAAGAUUAAAUAGGAAAAUAUUAAAAGAAGAAACAAAAACUAGAGAACAAAGAGGAUCCUUUAUUAGAAGGACUUUAAAAAAAAUGCGAGACAAAUGUAGAAGAAAAUUUUAGAUAAAGGAAAACUAUCUCACUUGGGAAAAGAGAAAAAUAUUUAAAAAAAAAAUGAUUGGAAUUGAUUUGUAUUUUUGGCCAUAUUUUACGUACUAAAUGAGUGUGUAACAUUUUGUAAUAACUGAAAAUCUUUAUAUAUACAAGAAAAUUUGUGACAUGGCCAAAAUUUCAUUUUCAAUUCUUUAGGUUUUCCGUUGCAUGACUCUGAAAGGAAAAAAAAAAGUAUAACUACAUUUUCUCAGCGAUUAAUUUCACUUUUAAAUGUAGUGUUGGACUUUUUUUUCGAAAAGUGUCUAAUCUCAAUAAAUAGACAAGAAAGAAAGAAAUUACCAUGUUCAUGCGUUAAUCAUCUCACUGAAUACCACUAAUCAAGAGAAAAUUUCAACACCUCAAUCUUAUAUUUGAUAUUUUGUAAAAUUUUUUAAGAAAACUCACAUCACCAAAAAUUUUACGUCACAUCUCUCAAAAUUCUACACCUUUUUGAGACCUACAAACAUAAUAUUCCUGCACUACAAUGAUGAAUUUUCUAUUUGAACUGUCUUUUAGGAUUUAAAAAAAAAUCAAUAAGUCCUGCAAUUGAGAUUUUAAGAAACAAAAUUUUAGCUAUUUUUUUAAUCUUUUUUUUUGCCAUUUUUUUGCAAAAAAAAUUGUUUCUUUUUAGAGAAAAUUUAAGUUUUUUUUUUUUGUGAAAAUAUCCCAAUCGAAUUUUUUUUUAGCAUCAUUAGGAGAAAAAACUCUCAUUUGAUUUUAUUACUAUUAAUAUUUUAUUAUUCCAAGCAAUUAAAAAAAAAAUAAGGUGUUUAGGAAGUACAAAAAAAAUGAAAUAUUUUUCAUAAAUCUGCUAUUUUUGAUGAUUGUCUAUAUUUUUUGUAUUAGCAUUAAAUGCAAAUUGUGGGGGACUAUUUAAUUAUUUUCUUCGCAGACAAAAUUCUGAAAUGCUUAAUAAAAUGUCAUAUAAGUUACGAAUUUGAUAAGAAAUUGUGUUUACGAUAUUUGCAAAUGAAGAUUUUUUUUUAAUGUUAUAUGGCAAAUCUUUUGUCUACAGACUGCUACGAAGAAUAUCGUGAAAUUAAAUAGUCCUCUUUGUCUACUUUUGGUUGCUUUUUUGGCUCGAUUAAAAAGAAUACCUUGACUUGCCGUCACUUUAAAUCUCAUAUUUUGCAAAAAAAGCUUGUUAUGAGGGAGGCAGAUACUUUCAUUAUUUUCACAGUAUUAUGUAUAAAAAUCCAGCGAGCACGAUUAGCUAAAAAAAAGCAGGGUUUUCAACUUAUUUUUGCUGAGUUGAUCAGCAAAAAUAUGCUGAUAGAUCAGCAGUACUCGAACAAAAAGUGCUAACCAAAUAUAUAAAAAUGGCACUGCCUCUCUAAUGUCGUUUUAAGGUUAGCAUAAUUCAGCUGAAAAUACAUAUGUUUUCAGCUGAAUUGAAGUAGGUUAACAUUUGGAGCUCGCUGGGAAUCCUGCUAGGUUUUUAAAUCGCCAAAAGUUUAUGGAAAUAAAAAAAACGUUUUUGACAGUUUUGUUUUCAAUACAAUUUUUUGGUGGGCGUGGCUUAUAAUUUUAUGGGCAGUAUCUUUUUGGCUCCACCCAAAAUUGAAUUUGCAAAAAUCGACUGUCACUAAGACUCCACAUUAUAUCCUCUCCUUCGUUUUGGCUGUAUAUAAACCUAAAAAGGGCGUGGUCUUAUUCUUGGCUAGAGGUCCCAGAAGAAGCCAUGAUUUUGAUUGUUUGUUGUAAUAUAAUUUUUAUUAGGAUUUGCAUUAAUCUAAAAUAGAGGAAAGGACACAUGAUUGUGUUACAACGAGAUUGAACUCCGAAAAUAUAAUAAAAGUGAAAUUUCAAAGGGUCUAAAAAGCAGCUUCCUCGUGAAAAUCCCGGAUUUAAGGUCAAGCGGAAGAAUGGCUUGGGCUAAUGAGAAUUAAUUGAUAUUUCGACGCUUUGUUACCUCACCACUGUUCUUCACAUUAUUUAUUAGCUUAAUUUCGAGGAUGCUUGCUAAGGUUUCCAGAAUUGCAAUCUCCUCAAAAGCCAUAUAAAAUGAUAAUUGAAAUGCAAUUUAUAUCUAAUGAAAAUUUAAAAAAUAACACAGUCGUUCUUCUAAAUAUUUUAUAAAGUGUGGGCGGGUCAAAAAAUACAUUGCUUACAAAAAAAUUAGCUCAAUGACCCUUACUUAAAAAUUGUAGGGGAGAAACGCUAUCUUUAUACAAUAUUUACCAACAUUUUUCUUUUCAUUGUCAUAUUUCACAGAGGAGAGAUUAAAAAUUUGAAAGAUUUGUACAAAAGCAUUUCAAAGGGCGGGGCUUGAAUAAAUUUUCCCAUUUUCUAGAUAUUUUUCUAUUCUGUUUUAAUUCCGUUCUAAUUUCUUUUUUGUUAAAAUACAGACUAGUUUAACUUGAUUUCCGUCUGUCUUUAUUAAUCCUAUACAGUUAAAAAAUGGUCAAUCCAAAAGAAGGCGGAGCUUAUUUUUAUCUCCUGAUACUCAACAACUGACAGUCUUCUAUUUUUCGUACCACAAUGCGAUUUUUAUAUUAGAAGCUUAAAAUCAUAUUUGUCUUUAUGUUUCUUCUACUGUGAAAAGCCAAAUCUAAAACGGGCGGGGCCUCAGAGUAAUACUACGGAGAGCACAUUCGCAUAAAAAAUCUAUUCCAGUUUUCAUAUAAUUUUCCUCAAAUUGAAUGUAAUGCGUAUAACUAGAACUGUUUUCUCGGGCGAUGAACGAUCUUUUAUAUGGAAUUGAAUCACUUGACGUUUUUUUUUUUAAUUGAUAACUCGGUAUCAAAUAGAUGUCAAAUUGCGUGGGGCAAACCAAGAAUUCUAAGAAAUCCUCUUCCUUUUGUGGAAGAACAUUUUUUUUUAUAGAGGCCUUGGGUGGUUGGAUAUCUACACUCAAUCCCGGGAUUAUGCACAUUUUCAGGAUCGAAAAAAACGCGCGAAAUGGCAUAAUGCCUCGAGAAAAUUUGCCUAGCCACAGGGGCUGUCUUUUGAAUAAAUCAGCCGUAGAACGAAUUUCGCGCGGAGCAAAAGUAGUUCAUAUAAAAAGAUUCAACUGUUUAAUAGAAAUGCAUUAACAAACAGUAAUUUUUGGCCAGAGUUGUUCAAUAAAUGGUUAGAAUAUUAAAAAAAAAUUACCCUAAUAAAAGAAAUUAAAGUUUUAUUCUGAAAAGGUAGCAAAAUGUUUUCAAAUUUCCCGCGUCGCAAAAUAGUAUACAUUUAGGCGUAUUUAAAAAAUAAUUGCAUAAAUUGACUCCCAAAAGUAGGCAAACUUGCAUAAUUGUAUGUGCAUAAUUCCGUCAGGUGCAUAAUCCCGAAGGACUUAAUGCCGGGACUCAGUAUAAAAGGAAAAUUUAAGAUGUACUCACUAAAAGAAACCCUCAGAUUCGAGCUUUUCACUGAUCAUGGAAAUUUAUUCUUACACUCCAUAGCACUGUAGGGGAAAGCACACUACUUUCGGACGACUCAAGCUUCGGACAACUCCUUUUUUCAAUAUGUUUUUUUUUUUUUAAAUAAAUUUGACCCACUGUAAUAUAACAUGUUAAUAGAUAGUUCAAUGCCUCAAAAUUUAUAAAAGGAACCAUUGGUCAAAUCCAUUAAUAAAGUAGACAAAAAAUUGAUUUGUCCGAGGCUUGAGUCAUGUGAAGAUACUUAGCGCGCUUUCCCCUACUUUAUCACUAAACACUGUUCACUCCAGUUCUUGGCAAAAAAAAAUCAUCCUGACCGUAGUACUUCUCUGAAGGUAGGGCCUGUUUUAAUGAAUCUAGCAGUUUUGAGUGAGUUAUUUAAGGUUUGCACAGGUUUGCAGGAGAAUCCAAGAAAAGCUUUCCUAUAUUUCCCGUAAGAAGGCGUGACUACUAUGUUUUGUAGGCGGAGCUUACAGUGGGAAACAGUUUAAAAAAACUAGACUUCUCUGGAAGUUCCUUUUUUCUUUACGAUGUUUCGGGGACAAGCGGUUCUCUAGGCAAAUCACUUAGAGAAGAAAAGUGGAAACACUGUAGGGUCGGAGGAACGUCUGUUCGACAGGGAACCCCUAUUGACACUUUUGUCAAAAUAUUGAAAUUUAUUUAAUGUAUCUAGUAAAAUAUGCGUAACAUAACGUUUUUUCUUUAAUAUACCUUUUACUAUAAACAGAGAUGUUCAAAAUUCAUAUCUCAAAUGGUACAGAGUAGGGUGUCAAUAGGUGCUGAGACGAAUUCUUAAAGUGUCAAUAGACGUUCCUUUCACCCUACUUGUACAAGAUCACAAAUUUUAUUGUUAACAAAAUUCUCUUUUUUUCGUCUAUUAUCUGCUACAUUCCAUCGGAAUGAAAUAUUCCCAUAAAAAGGCGGAACUUUUUGCAAAAUAUGAGACUUUGAAGAAGAGUUACGGAAAUAUGUUGGACAGACCUACGGUUUAAGACGGGAAACGGCUUAGCAUAAUUCUUAUCAAAAUAAUGAUUAGAUUAUAUUUUCACCAGUUUCUGACCAAACUGUCUCUUUGGUUAAGCCGAGAAACGGAUUAGAUAGUGGGAAACUUAUGGGAAUUAGGCUAAUCAUUAUUUUGAUUAUAAUUACGUCAAGCCGUAUUUCGGCUUAAGCCGUAGAUCUGUGCACCACAUAAAGUUAAGAACAAUCUGCUGUUUUAUAUAGCACAUGAUUUUACUUGUUUUGAUUUACGCUCUAUCCACAUGUAAUUAAAUAUUUUAGGGCAAUCGCGUUGUCUGAAUGACUAAAAGCAUGAAGUUUUACCCAAUCAGGGAAUGCGUAAGAACUAAAAUAUUUUAAGAGAUUAAAUAUUUAAUUACAUGUGGAUAAUGAUUUACAAGAAAUGUUAUUGUUUUUGAAAUUAAAACAAAAAAAGAAUCUUUCUCAGUCAGUAUACGCUUCUAUCGCACUUGGAAUACAUUGUAGUAUUUGAUACGUUUUGAAUUUUCUAGUCACUAUUUUUUAGUAAGAGAAAACUGUUGUAUUUUCCUGUUUUAUUAUUUUUUUACUUAGUUAUUUAGUGAAUAAUAUUUUAAAUGUGGAAUUAUGCUUUACUGUGAGAAGAUUUCGAUUUAAAAGUGCUUCUAUUGCAUAUCGAUUUGUUCAGGUUGUUAUUAUUAUUAUUAUUUUUUUGUUUAAUAUAAAUCUUAAAUAUUUUGUGCUCAAUAGUAGUAAAGUUUGUCUCAAAUAUCCUCAUCAUAUUAAAUUGAUUUUUGCUGAUAUAUUAAAGCUAAAAGAACAAUGAAGGAUAACACCAAAUUGACAAAAAAAAAUGUGAGAUUAAAAUGGUUAUUACUUUCUUAUAGUAUUAAUUUAUCGAAGAAAAAAAAACUGAAUGAUCUGUUUAUUGUAAUCUCUGUGCCAAUGAUUGAAAGAUGGUUUUGAGUUCUUUUUUUCGAAUAAUAUAUCUUAUAUAAUAAAAUCCCUUUUAUAUGAAAUUAAAGAAAAAAAAAGAAUAUUUACAUGUAAAACUAAAAAAAAAAAGAAGAAAAAAUAUGAAACAAUUAUUGAGCACAAUGUUUUAUCUUAUAUUCAACUUGUUAUAAAGUAUGAAAUCCAAUUACAAGAAGAAAGAGAAAUGAAAAAUAUUUAUAAAUAUAGCAUUAAAAAUAGUAUUUUAUAUAGCGAAGGGGGAGAAGAUAGAAAGAAAUGGAAAGAAAAAAAAGAGAUGAUAAAUACUAUGUUGAACGAUUUUUUGAAAUUUUAAUGGUCAUUUUUUUUAGAAGAAAAUUAGUGCAAAUGAAAAUACGCAGUAUAAAAAGAAUUUAUUUUGAAAAAAAAACUAUUGUUUGUUAUCUAAUCUAUUAAAGAGAUAUCCUAUUAAUGAAAAUUAACUGAGUCCACAAUGGUAAUAGCGAAAAUGAAAAAGAAAAUGAAUCUAUUUUUAUUGUCUUAAGGUGCCAGAUAUUAAAGGAAAAAAAUAGCUUGUGUAAUUGACGAUGAAUUUUUGUGGAAAUAGCGCAAAUUUUCAGAGAUGUAGAUAAUUUAAUUUUUUUUUUUGGAUAAAAUUGCGAUAUUUUCAUUUUCCUCUUUUGAUAAAGAAAAAAGAACUAAAGAGAAAUUUAUUUUGGUUUAUUUUCAAAUUACUCAUGACUGAUACGAGAAUUUUGUUGUAUUAUAAUUACUGUGGAAUUCCUAUUUCUCAAUCAGCGUCCCUCCUUUUCGUCCUUUUUUGAGAAUGAAGGUGUUGGGAAGAAAGGAAAGAAAUCAAAUCGUCAUAGAAGAAACUCUAAAAAAAAAGCACUAAAAUCACAUAUGUAUUGUGGAAUGUUAUUGAUGGAGAAGAAAAAAAAUGAUAAGGAAAAAACUACCAAUAUUGUGUUGUCAAUAGUGAUGAAAAUAAAAUAGAUAAAAGGGAGAUGAAUAAGUGAAAAAUACAUCAAAAUUAUUAAGAAAAAUAUUAUUUGAGACAUAAGAUAAAAAAGAAAAAGAAAAAUCCCAUAUAAAAUAUAAUAUGUAUACAUAAGUGUAAAUGUUUUGCUUCGUGUUGAUGAGAUAUAACUAAUAAGGUGUAAUAUUCUAUUCAAAAGAAAAAGUAAAAAAAAAAAUGAAGAUAUUGUCAUAUAAAUAUUACCAUAAAAAUAG